UCAUUACCUUUGAUACAGUGUAUUUAAGCACUGGUCAACAGCCCAUUCAACAUUCAUUCAGCGUGCUCAUCUUCUCCUUGUUUGCAUUUGAUUCCAAGAAAAACUGAAGAUUUUGUUUCAUUUUGUAGACAAUGAUGGAUAAGAGAGUACUUCUUCUCCUGGUGACCGUGGGUGUGGUGGCGGCUCUGCCAAAACCUCAAUAUUAUGGCGGCGGUGGGGGUGCCCCUUCUGCAGCCGUGGCUGUUUCGAGCCCAAGCGGUGGCGGUGGUGGUUCUGCUCCAAAUUAUGCCAGCGCAGGUCCUGCCCCUCAACAACCGGCCCCCCAACCUGCCGCUGCUCAACCCCCACCAUCCGCCCCAGCACCGAGUUACAGCUCAUCAUCAUCAUCCAGUUCUGGUGGAUUAGCUCCGAGCUCAGGUGGCGAUGGCGGAAGUAGCAGCGGCGGCGGUGGUUCUGGAGGAAAUCUGCAAGUCCAAUGCAAAUCACAAGAGACUGCGCCAGGAUCGGGAUCCUUUAAAUUUUCCUGUGAAGGAGUCGACCCCAACCAAAUUUCUCUCCGCUCAGAACACAUCUUGUGGUUGGAAGGACCUGCCGGACAGAAGCAAGUUAUCGAUGUCGAUAUCCCCAACUACAAGAUUGAGGAACUCAUCAAGGCCGGAUUCAAGCCAUCGCAAGGACAAGGAACGCAGAUUAACUUGAAGCUGAAGAAGCCCGAUCAGACUUAUGAGGCUCAGAAGGAUGACAUCAAGUCUCAACAAGGGACACCAACGGUUAAUUUGCAGUACGAGCCUGUUCAGAAGACAGUGGCUCAUUUCCCGAGCGACAAGCCAUACUCACCACUCCAGGGACCACUCCUCCCACCCGGUGGUGGUAGCAGUGGAAGCAGCAGCAGUAGCAGCAGUGGGGGUGCCCCACCUCCUUCGUCAGGUGGGAGUCGUUACCAGCGACAAACUUUCCACUCCAGUCCGUACUAUUUACGAGUUUAAAUGUUAUGGAAAACUUGAAACUUUGCUGUUGUUGAUUUUGUCUUGUUUAUUACUUGAUUUUGUAAUGGGUUUUAUAAUUUUCAAAAUUUUGUACAUCUCUGUGAAGAUUGAAUAAAUAACUGGUUUGAUUGAUAUAAAUAUGUA